AUGAGUUAUUUUAUUGUUCCUUCAAUUUCUUAUCAAACUAAUCAAAAAUUACAACAACAGAAACAACAGAAACAAAAAGAUAAAGAUAAACAUCAUAAACGGAAAAAGAAACCGAGUCAAAGUAAUAGUAGUAGUAGUAAUGAAGAAAAUCAACGUAAUUUAUCUACCACCACUCCAACUUCAAGAUCUCGUCAACAACUGGAUACAAUUAUAGAUGAGGAAAUAAAUGAAGAAUAUGAAGAUGAUGAAGAUGAAGAUGAUAAUAAAUCUAUUAUAACUACAAAUUCGAUUUUUUCAAAACAUAAAAGUGAUAAACGUAAUAGUCAUAAAUCUAAUAGUCAUUCAAGUCUAAGGCGGAAACUUCAACCCCACCACCACCACCACCACCAGCAACAUGGUAUUUCACCAACAACAAGUCCAUCUGUAUCAGAAGAACCACCACCACCACCAUGUAGAGAAGAUAUUAAUAAAGAAGCCACAAUGAUUGCAUCAAAAUAUGGUGAAGCAUUACGAUCAGGUUCAAAACUGAGUUCUACCAAAUCUGUACUCACAAGUGAUAAUAGUCCAAAUGUAACAGGUCUAAUAAUACCACCACCACAACCAGUGACAAAAAAUUUAGUUAGACAUCGAUCAAAUUCAACAUUAUCUACUUCUUCCAUCCCAUUAUCAUCAUCACCAUCACAAUCACAAUAUAAUCAAAAUCAAGCAUUUCAUAGAAAUACUUCAAUUGCAUCAAGUUUAAGUCAAAAUUCACAAAAUUCUUUAACUAAAGAUAAUUCAUCAUUAAAUGGUAAAUUUAGGAAACUUUCAUUUUUAAGUACUGGUAAUAAUUCAAUUACAUCUAAAAGAAAAGAAAGUAUAAGUUCACAUCUGCCUAGUGCAGUUGAAUCACCAACAGGGACAGGGACAGGGACAGGCCCAACAACAAGGUCUAGGUCGAGGUCAGGAUCUAAAGUUGAUGGAUCUUAUUUCCCAGAUUAUUCUGAUAAAACCACCUCACCAUCGAAACUAACACUCCAGAAACAACUUUCUUCUUCUUCUUCUUCUUCUUCACUGUUGUUGCCACCAUUUAAUGUAAUUAUUGAUUUAUCUGUUUAUAAUACUCCUCAAGGAAUUGAAAAGAAUUUUUUUGCACCUAAUUAUCAAGUUUUCCGAUAUAAUAGUUUUCUUGAUGUAUUAAGUGAAUAUCAUCAAGGUGAUGCCAUUAAUGUAUCUACUAUUAGAUAUCAUUUAUUAUUAAAAUUUAUUAUUAAACAAAAAAAUGCUCGAGAUUUCAUUAGAAAUGGUAAUAGUAUUAAUACAUCGAGUAGUUAUCAUUUAACAAUGACAGAAAGUGUUUUUUCAUAUCAAUUAUAUGGACCAUUAAGAUAUUUAAUUAGAUAUUUAAUAAAGCAAAAAUUCCAAGAACAAAAUCAUAACAAUAGUAUGCUGCCAGAUAAUCGAGAACAAUUUUAUAAUCAUGAAGAAUUGAUACAAAUGAAUUUUAUUAAUUUUAUAAGAUAUAUUAUGCAAUUACCUGAUAUACCUGAUCCAUCAAUUCUAAAUGAAACUGAACAAAAAAUUUAUGAAUUUAAAGAAAUUUUUGAAAAAACGGCAACAGCAUUAUAUGUAUUGAAAAAAGAUAAAUUAUUACAACCAACAACGACAACAACAACAACAACAACAACAGAAACAUCCGUGGAAUCAAAAGAUGAAUCAUUUCAACAACAAGAUUCUCAAGUUCGAAUCAAAUUAUUAGUGGAAACGAUCACGAAAAUUUGUUAUGAAUAUAUUUUAUUAGAAAAAUAUCGAUUAGAUAUAAUUUCAAAAUUUCAUGAUAAUCAUUUAAUUGAUAAAGAUAUUCUUAAUGAUUUAUAUGAUAAAUAUGAGAAUAAUGUGAAAUUGAAAAAUAGUGAAAAUGUCAAAGUAUUUCUAUAUAAUACAUCUAAUCUGAUUCAAUUUGGUUGGUAUUUUGCUCUUACUAUCCCAUUUGUACGAGUCAUUGAAUCUCAUGUUUAUAAUGAAGAUCCUCAUCUUACAAAGGACUACCAAACAUAUCAAGAGGCAGAAAUUUCCACCACCACCUCCACCACCGCAACCACCACCCCAAAAACAAAUUUCCAACAAUCUGAUGAAGAAUUAUUUGAGAAUCAUAUUAAAAAAUUAUCAUUUACAUCAUAUAAUGAAUAUAAAUCAUUAUCCAUGGAAAAAUUAGUGAGAUUAAAUCGAAUUAUUGAUAAUCAAUCUAAUAAAUAUAGUAAAAUCAAUCGAAGAGAAAUUCCUGAUCCUGCAUCGAAUUUUUCAACAAAACCAAUGAAUUUUGAAUAUUAUAAUCAAUCAAUGUUAACCAUUGAAUCAAAUACUUUUGAUAUGAUUCAUACUCCUGAUUUAAUCAUUCAAACCACUCCACAAAAUUAUAAAACUUUAAUCAGUGAAUUUCAUCGAAUUUUAAAACCAGGUGGGAUAUUGAAUUUAGAUUGUGUUAAUUUUGGUGGUAAUAAUUUUGAGGAUUUUUCAUUGAAAUAUAAAGAAAAAGGUCAAUUUCCGAAAAUAUUAAAUACUGAAGAUUAUGGAAUUUGUAAACAUUUUAAUAGUAUUUCAAAUUUUCUUGAAGUUAUCUUAAAAGAAUUAAAUAAUGUAUUUAAAGAAUCUGAGGAUGAUGAUGGGGGUUCAGUUAAAUUUGGUAUAUCUUUAUUAAGUUCAAAACUGGAUUUACAUAGUUUUGCUACAAAAUUUGUUUCAAUGAGAUUACUUGAAGUAUUAGGAAAAUUUGAUUCAUAUUGUGAUUAUUUUCUGGAUGCUGGUGAUAAUAUUAAAGCUCUUGAUGAUGAAAGUAUUCAUUUUGGUAUCCAAAUUAGAGCCACCAAAGGAAGAACAGCGAGUACAUAA